AUGGACGACUGGGCAGCGGCUGGGGACAGGCAAAUCGGCGCCCUAGAGAAGCUCGUAGGACAGGGAACUGAACGUGAUCGGAUGUCAGUCAUAGCUGCCUGUACAAAAGCGCGAAAUGGAUAUCCCCAUGCAGCAGGAACGGCAGCUUUCGCAGCAGCCAAUGGGGAUUGGCCCCUUACUCGCUGGAUUGCCGUGGAAGUACAUAAGCGCAAGUGUCAAGAGACUGCUGACCCAGUUAAUGGGCAAUUGCCUCUCAUCGUGGGGAUCACGGGGCCGCAAGGAUGUGGCAAGACGACACUCUGCGCUUCCCUCCUCGCUGGUCUCGGCGCCUUAAGCGUUAAGGCGGCGGCAGCUUCUAUGGAUGAUUUCUAUUUGCCCACUAAACUUCUACCACCCGUAAUCUUGGGGGGUGAAACCAGCCCCAGGACGAAGCUUCCUUGCCGGGGACCUCCAGGCACGCAUGACCUAACCCUGUGCCGCGGCGUGUUGCAGUGCAUCAAGGAGAGAAAGCCGAAUAUCCUGCUGCCCAAGUAUGACAAGAGCCAAAUGAAUGGAACGGGAGAUAGAUCAAGUGAAGAGGUUCCUUUAGAUGCGACGGACCUCGACGUGUUUCUUCUGGAGGGAUGGAUGCUGGGAUUUCGUCAUGUGGAUCCCAGCGUACUCGCGGAUUGGAGUGCUUCCGAACAGCAACAAGAACUGCAUCAAAUCAAUGAAUCGCUGAAGGUCUAUGAGCCUCUCUAUGAACUCAUCGACCUUUGGCUCAUCGUGAAGGUGGAAACGCCAACUUGGGUCUAUAGAUGGAGACGACAACAAGAAGAGUAA